AUGAGUUACGUUCAGCCUAUAGGAUGGCACAAUGAACUGGUUCCUCCUUCGCUUCAAAUAUUCACAAACGGCUGCAUCUUUAUCUUUAAUGUUGGCGAAAACAGCCAGAGAUUCCGCCUGUGUAACAAAUUAGGGCUCGGGAAGAUACGAUACAUUUUUCUAACCAGUCUAAAUACCUUGACGUUUUGCGGGCUGCCGAGCUUGAUACUGUCUCUAGAUGGUUGUAAUGUGGAACAUGUUACAAUUUUUGGGCCUCCUAAUACAAGGAAAGUUGUCUAUGCACUGCUAGGAACGUUUCUGGAAUUGUAA